GGCCGGUGGGUGGUUUCGUCAAACGGGCAGAUCCGCCACGGCCCAGCGCCGAACAUAUAGGCCGUCCUCCGUGUGUGUACCCGGCCGGCCUUCUACCGUGAACUACACCCUCUCUCCCUCGGUAUAUUAAUGCGUUAUGAGUGACUCGAAGAAGGAAUCAUCUGGAACCGAAGGAGGGAAAGCAUCUAAGAAGGGGAAAAGUUCUGGAUCUCAGGAUUCAUCUCAGCCCUCCCCGUUGGCUCUGCUAGCGGCCACCUGCAGUAAGAUCGGAGGCCAAGGGGUAGUGGAGGGGGCCCAGACGGGUGCCCAGCAGAUCCAGGUCCAGGCUGGUCAGAUCCAGUUGCAAACAGGUCAGCUCCAGGGUCAGAUAGUGGUGGACGCUGCAGGGGGUCAGGCCCUGGUGCCCCAGCAACUGGAACUGGUCCCAGCUCAAUUCACAGGAAACGGCUGGCAGAUCAUUACAGCAGCACCAACUAUGGCCAAAGAGAACCCCAGUCAGCCUGUUGCUGUGACUACCACGCUGGCUAAUGACAGCUCUCCUGGAGGACGAAAGGUGAAAGAGGUGAAGCCAGUAGGUGGGACCAACAGUAUUACAGCGAGUCAGCAGCAGCAGCAGUUCCAGAUUAUACAGGUUCAGAACCUACCUAAUGCUGGGGGUGGGGUCCAAUACCAGGUCAUCCCUCACCUGCAGACUGCAGAUGGACAGCAGAUCCACAUCAGCCCAGCUCAAACAGCUUCCAUUGGGGCCCUACCGGAGCAAGUUCAGCUAAUUCAGACCCCAAGUCCAGGGCAAACACAGACCAUACUACAACCAGCCAAUCAGCAGGCCAUCCUCACAAGUACAGCAAAUCAGACGGUCCCACUGCAGAUCCGCCCUGCUCAGUCAUUCCCACUGCAACUGCAGACUCUGCAGGGCUCCCAGGCUCCAGUUAUGACCACAGUACCUAUAAACCUUGGUGGCAUGACCCUGGCUUUGCCUGUUAUCAACAGCGUUGGAGGGGGUGGAGCUGUGCAGCUUAUUCAAUCAGCAGACGGCACAUUCUCUGUUGCCAAUGGCACCCAGUUAUUGACCACAGCAGUGUCUGGGCCAGCUCCUGGUACAACAUCCGGUGCCUCAACAGCAGCAGUAGCAGAGGGAGACAGCCUAUCCGACGGGGCUCAAGUGGUUUCAGCUGGAUCAGAAGGUGGACAAGCUGACACCCAAGUGCAGACCAGUGAGGCAGACUCUCAAAGCCAAACCCAAGCAAAUGGGCUACAAAACCAGGCAGAUACAGCAGGAACCAUCCAGCAGGUCAUCGUGGGCCAGGUGGGGCACCAGUUGGUGCAGCAGAUCCAGCUGCAGCCCCAGACUCAGAGUCAGGCCCAGGCCCAGGGUCAGCAGCAAACUCAGCAUAUUCAGACCCUACAGCUGGCGCCAGGACAAACCCUGCAACCCAUCCAGGCCUUCCAGAACCCAGCACAGGUCCUUAUUCGCACCCCAACACUGUCACCAUCUGGGCAGAUCACCUGGCAAACACUGCAGCUGCCCGGAGGAGUGUCCCUGCAGGGUGGCCUUGGGACGGCUGUGCCACAACAGCUGACACUGGCUCCAGUGGCUGGUGGGACUACAGUGGGUGGUGGUGGGCUGGUUUCCCUGAGCGGAGCUCCCCUGACACUGAGCGCAGCUCAGAUUAACCCAGGGUCUGGUGUACAGACAGUCAGCAUUGCGGGUCUGGGCACUGCAGGAGUUCAGGUACAGGGUGUACCCCUCACCAUCACCGGUCUACAGGGUCAACCACAGGGUCAGGAUGGGGUCAAAGUUCAGUCGUCUCCUGUAACAGUCACUGUUGGAAACGUGGCAUCAGGUUCAUCAAUGAGUCCAGAUCAGUUGGGCUCAGUACAGAGUUCUUCAGAUCAAGAAGGACCGCCUAGCAAAAGGCUUCGUCGUGUAGCCUGCUCAUGUCCAAACUGCAGAGAUGGAGAAGGAAGGAACAGCGGGGACCCGACAAAGAAGAAACAGCACAUCUGUCACAUGGAGGGCUGUGGCAAAGUGUACGGCAAGACGUCCCACCUUAGGGCACACCUGCGCUGGCACACUGGCGAGAGGCCAUUUGUCUGUAACUGGAUCUUUUGUGGCAAGAGGUUCACGAGAAGCGACGAGCUGCAGAGACACCGGAGAACACACACAGGAGAAAAGCGUUUUGAGUGUCCUGAAUGCUCAAAGCGCUUCAUGCGCAGCGACCACCUGUCUAAGCACAUCAAAACCCACCAAAACAAGAAGGGUGGAGCCGCCGUGGCAAUCAUCACUACCGAUGACAUGGAGGAGGAUGCUCCCGAGGGCCUGGGCGCCUCCCCUCAGAUUGUUGCUGUGGCGACUCUCUCACGUGACUCUGAUCCUGCAACACCAACCACCUCUAAUCACCUGGAGGAGGAGGAAGAGGAAGAGGAGGAGUUUGAAUAGGCAACCGACUUCUUUUUCUUUGCAGAAGGCCGACUUCCUGUUUUUUUGGAAGUUCUAGCAGGGACUGUUACAGUGGCGACAAACUUUUUUUUCUUUAGUUUAUUUUACACCGUUUAUAAAUGUUCUCUCAUGAAUAGAGACUCAAUCGAGACAGGAUCAUGCGAUGAACAGAAACCGAAAAAUAUAAUACAACACAAUCUAAAAAAAAACUAACAUAUAAUAACAAAAAUUUAGCCUAAACAAAUGAAAGAUUUAUUGGGUUUUAUAAAUGAAUCUAUAACAAUUUUGUGCGUGGUGGGGAAAGGAAUGUAAGUAGAGUCUAGAUUAGCACAAGACGGGGACCUGCUGAAUCUAAACCAUCCAGUUUCGAGAGACAUCUUCCUAAUCACAACAGAAUCUAACUCUAUGCACAAAGUUGUGUUCCUGUUUCACACCUGUCACUCAGUGCUGAGGGUCAAUCAUGAAAUAGCACUGUUGCAAAGCAGUCCUGGGAUAGUGUGUGUGUGUGAAUGUGAGACCUGUAUGAAUGAAUUGUGCGUUUCUAUUCCCACACUGUCCUAAACAGGAUCUACCUAAUUUGAGUUUUAUUCAUGGUUCAGGUUUAGUCCUCGGAUCAGAUUCAGGUGAUGAUUCUUUCGAGACCAGUCAUCAGAUAAACUGUUACUUAAGAAGAGAGGGGAUAACUAAAAAGUAAAAAGAGAAGAAAAAGCACAUAUAAAAAGAUUUAUAAAUGAUGCAUUUCUCUUGAGGCGGAGUGGCCAUUAGAAAAAAGGUUUCUAUAGAGAAAAACAAUCUAGCUUUCUACAACUGUGUAAUGAAAGCAAUACUACAGUAUAAUGACAAUCCUAGUGAAAUCAUGUUUACAUUGUCAGGGGAAGCUUUUCUCAGUUAAUAAAACAAGCCAGUUCAGACUAAGAUUAGAGAAAACAUCUGGGGGCAGUGCUGGCAUCUGGACGAGCAGAUGGCACAGGUGUGUACACUUUCAGAUGGUACCUGCUCCAGUAUAUUUCUCGACAGAUCUGCCGGAUGUCUGCGCUGCCACUGGUGCUGCUUUUUUUUGCUUUCUGUGUUGUGGUGAUGACCCCUCUCCAACAUGUGCCACAGUUGCCUUAACACAAGCUGUAGUACAGAGGGAGGUGCAGAGUGAGGUAGACGGAGAAAGAGAUGACACCACCACAGCACAGAAGUCAAUGAGACAGGGAUAAGAGCUAUGGGUGGGUGCGGGUCGAGCUAUAUAGCUAUGUGGAUAUUCGACAUCGUUUUCUGGUGGUGUUGCUCUGUGUUAGUUCAGUGCGUACAUUCUUUUUAAACUAAGAGAUACUUUUAUUUUAUAGAAUUUAAUGGUUUUAAAAAUCCCCUCCCAGUAUGUUAACACACAGGACCCCACUGUGUACGGCUAAUUUAUUAUUUAUCCUUGAUUUGUAAUAUUUGCCUUUUGCUGGACUUGUAUUUGUGUGCGUUGAUUCUAAGGUUGUGUAAAGCAUGUUUCAGUUUUUUGCCGUAGUGCUGCUUCUCUCUUCUUUACUCUUUGUGCUUCUGUUUCUUUUUCUAUGUCUGACCAUUGCUGUUAAUUUCUUCUUCUCUCUGCGCCAUAAUGUGUUUUUGGACAAAAAUAAAUAACAAAAGAAGAAGAAAGCAAAAAAAAAAAAAAAAGUUGCUAUUGUUUAAAGUUAAAAGGUUGAUACCAAACAAAUGUAGAUGUUUUGGUAAUAUUUUGUGUGACAACCAACUUUUUUUCUUCGAUAUUUUGUAGUGACAUCUCAUUUGUAAAUCUUUUUCUAAAGAUGUUUGUCGUCUCCAUGGCAUUUGAUAAUGGGUUUUUUGCCAGGUUAGCCUCAAAGGCUCUGGUUUCUUGAUAUUUUUAAAACUGGUUUGUACAAACGUGUUAUGUCAAUGAAAAGGAAAAAGAUUAAAGCAGAAAAGAUGCUUUGCCUGCAUAACACUUGACAAUAAAGCAAUUAAAACUGUCUUAAAUUAC